AUGUUGAAAAUGACCUCUAUCUCUACAGCAUCAAAAAUUGGCGUGCAUUGUCUACUCGCCGCGGACUUGCUCAACUUUGGAAACAAUGAGACAACUAAGGACAAGGUGGAAGAAGAGAAGCGCUUUAUCCUCAAUCUUGGAAAGCACCUGUUUGCUAAAGUGCCAGAUUGUAAAGCUGGUAUUUGGGUUUACGGUUUUGUUGAAGGUAAUCCAACUCCCCCUCUCUUAAAUAAAGAAACUAUGAUUGAUAGCUACAACGAGUUCGAAACCAGCACUGAUGAAAUGAUGCGGCUGACAGCCAACAUAUCUGGGAUCCAUAAUCAAAGAAAAAACGUGGACGAUUUCCGAAACGCAACAUUGAAUUCGACAAAAUCGAAAUUUCAACGCAUUGUCGCAGUGGGUUUCAAUUCUCUCGAACUGAGCAAAAUUGUCAUACCACCGAAUGGGAAAUCCGUGAGCCUCUCAAGCAAUUACUCGGAGGAGCUUCCAUCAGUGCUGCAUGCAGUCUUACAGGACUUUACACCGAAUUUCUCAAAAUGA